AUGGGCGGACAAGGCGCAGGUGUCGGAGGCGGUGAGGGAUCUCCACAGAUCCCGCCGAACGGCGACGGAAACGCUGGAGCAGCACCAAAUGGCGGUGAGGCUGGCGGUGAGGCUGGCCAGCCAGGCCAAGGUGACGGUAACAAUGCUGGAAACGGCGAUGCGGUGAUGGUGUCGGAGGAGGAGCGUGCUGCUGCCCUCUCGUCAACCAUCGGUGCCUACCUCAACCAGCAUGAGCCGCAGCAGGCCGGUCAUACGGCUAGCAAUCUGACCCUGACGGGCGUGGUGACGAAGAAAGCAGCGGAGUCGGUGGUGGAGCGUAAGAAGCUCAAGCUUCAUACCUUCACUGGCGACCAGGCUGGCUUCCCCACGUUCGCGUUUGAGGUGCAGAGCAAGUGCUACGCGGCCAAGAUCGGCUACCUGCUCGACAAAAGCGGCCGUCAGGCCGGGCGAGCCAUCUACGGCACGGUGCAGUACGACGCGGACAAUGCUCAUCUGCACGCGCAGCUGAUAGACGCACUGAUGGGCACCAAUGAUGGGCAACCGCCGACAAAUCCGCGGGCACUGGCUGUCGUCCAGCAAGGGCCGGCGGGCAACGGUGCGGCGGCCUGGGACGCACUGUUGAAGGCG